GCGAGACAUGGUUGCACCCCAUAAGGUGUUGAAGUUCCCAAAGUAUUGUUUUGUCAUGUUUCUUUGUGGAGCCCUAUCUCGGCCAUUAGCAGACAUCGAUACUUUCUCAUUCUGGCACUCAGAGCUAGAUCUUCCCUCCAGUCUUUCAACGUUUGUCUUUUCGCGAGCACGGGUGAUGACACCACAAAUAAGAGAAACCAAUGCAUCACCUGUUGAGAUCCACAUAUCACCGGAAGCGGGUGAGAAAUCGCUCUUUAAUUGUUCCAGUGAGCUUUUGGUGAAUUUCCAUCGUGAAACAAAUGAUGGCUGGAAGAGAAACGGGCAAACUUUGGCUUCCUGAACAGGAACAACCUCGAAU